UUUUUCUUUUUUUGUUUUUUCUUUACCAGAAAAAGACAAAUUUUCUUUAUGACUUUAAUGACCAACGAUAACACUGAAAUAACUACGCAACAACCUGAUGUGGUUGACCAAGAAGCACUUCGAAAACAAUAUGAAAACAUGUCUUAUAAUGAAAUGUCACAACGUAUUGCCGAAAGCUAUAAACAACUAUCCGAAAUCCUAGGCAAUCGUAUCAGCUUACCUACAGACAACGACACUUUGUCUUCAGCCAAUAGCACAGCAGACUCCAUACAUGACUUUGAACAGGAAGACGAAAGCUCGAUUAUGAACAAUCAUGCACUUUCAACAGACCAAAAAAAGAUCAAACUGAAUAAACUGUUGAUGAAAGCAGUGUCCAGUGGUGAUGUUGAAAAACUCGCUUGUUUUUUACAUCAUCCUUUGGUGGAUUUGGAUGCUAAAGAUGAAGAUGGUACCACAGCCUUAAUUUAUGCUGCAUGUUUUGGUAAAUACGAAAUUGCACAAGCAUUGAUUUCCGCAGGAGCCAAAAUCGAUGGUCAAGAUGCACGUGGUUGGACUGCAUUGAUGUGGGCCACAACAAACAAUCAUGAAAAGAUUGUUAAAUUAUUAUUGGAAAAUGGAGCUUCAGCACAAACAAAAUCAGCCAAGGGACGUACUGUCUUUGAUUUCGUCAAGAACGAUGCUAAACAAAUGGCAGAUAUUCUUGUGUCCAACACUAAUCCUCGCGAUAGCAUUUCUUCUUUGACUUCCAGUAUUUUAGGCAGUACUUCUUCUUCUACCUCUUCUAAUGCAGGUGAUGGCGAUCGUUACUAUCAAUAUUCUACUGAAGAAAACUAUGAACACUUUAUGACUCAAGAUCAACAAACACGUCCUAAACUAAUUGAAGAAUUCUUAAUGCAGACUUACAAUCAACUAGAUGAUGAUGAUAAUACAGAAGACGAACAUGAAGAUCAAGACGACGACGAUGACAAUGACAAUGAUAAGGAUAUUGAAUUCAAUUGGGAACGAUGCAUGCCUGAUCAAAUGUUUGUCUUUGCUGCAGAUGAUUUACCUUACAUUCUUGAUACAGUCAUUACCAAGCUGACAUUGCCUGUUCGUAAUGUUCAAGAGAUUUUCUUGCCUGCCAAUGUUGUUUUUCUUAGUGCUCGAUUUGCUCAUUAUUUCUCCAGUGCUGAAUUGGCUGAAGAAGUUAUGGAAGGUGCCUUGGAACGCAUCAGUGCGAAUAUCAAGAAUAACACUCAAAAUGUACACACCUUAUCCUAUUGGAUGACCAAUAUGACUCGUCUCUUGUAUUAUCUCAAAAAGGACGCUGAAUUGGUUGUAGCCACUGCCAAGUAUCAACUUGAACUCUCUGAACUUGCCUCAGAAACCUACAAUCAUAUUGUGACAGACAUUGGCAAACGCAUCACUCAAAUCUUGGAACCAGCUAUGCUUGAACAUGAUCCUAUUCUUGGUAUUAUGGACGAAGUUAACUUUGCAGAUGAUUGGCAACGUUUCUUCCGUAGAAGUACAAGCAGUCGACGUUCUGAAGAUAUGCAGCGUAGUAAUUCAAACACAGUGGAUGUUCCUCUUCGUGUCUUGUCUCCCAAGACAAUCACUCAGUUGUUUUCUUCCACUUAUUAUGUCUUUCAAUCUUAUGAAGUCCAUUCAACCAUUAUUAUUCAAGCCUUGGCUCAAUUCUUUCACUUUUUGUCCUGUGAACUCUUUAACCAUAUCUUGAGCAAGAAAAAAUAUCUCUGUCGAUCAAAGGCCAUUCAAAUUCGUAUGAACUUGAGUGUGCUUGAAGAAUGGAUUCACCAACAUCAUUUACCUAAUAGUCUGAUUACUUAUCUGCAGCCUUCUAUUCAACUUACACAACUAUUGCAGUGUAUGUCUCAAUUAGACACUGUCUCUAGCUUUCAAUCGACUGUCAAGAUGUUUAACGCCAUUAACCCACUUCAAAUUCGACGUUGUGUCAUGAACUAUCGAUAUGAGACACAAGAGACUCGUCUGCCUGAAGAAGUAGAACGUCAUGUACAAUUAUGUGUGGAAGAAACACUGCGUAUCAAACAAGCAAGACAGUCAAGAUCAUUUGAAAGAAGAAAGAGUAUACCGCCUAUGAGAAGAUCUAUGUCUGGCUUGGACAGUCCUACCAUGAGCACAUUUAUGGGUUCUAUCUUUAAUAGUGGGUUACCUGCUACACCCACACGUCCUUCUUCUAUUGAAUUUAUGCGACAAGAAUCUUCAAAACACAAACGAUUUUCUAAUUCAACUCAGGAAGAAGAGGAGUAUGAUGAGCAUGAAGAAGAAAAGAUAUACAGUAAAGAAGAAGUGAAUGAAACCAAAGAUUCUCGGUUUAUGUUACCUUUCUUUGUGCCUACAACAGCUCAAUUAUCACAUCAGACAUUGAUCAAUGGUAAAGAACCAAGUUCAUUGUUUCCUGUCAUACCUGAAGAUUGGAUGGAUAAACUCGAUAAAUCAGACUCAUAAUGGCCCAUGUAUAAAAAAAACAUAUCACCCAAAAAAUGUAUUCGCAUAUAAAGUAAUCCUCCCUUCUUCCUCCCUCUCCUCCCCCUUUUUUUUAUUCUCUUAUACCCAACCUACACUCGUUCUUUUCUUUUCUUUUCUCUCUUUCUUAUAUUUAUAUAUCUAUAUGGCACCUUUAUGGACUAUUUUAUAUGCCUUCUUACACUUUAUUG